UCACACCAUUUCCGAGGCUCUUGGAAGGAGGACGGAUAAACUGCGUCGACGGUACCGGAUUUGAUAGGAGGGAGGAAUGCUACGGUGAUUUCCCUCUCUUCUCUCCCGACACCCACCCACCCAACACCUCCUCCUCCUCCUCCUCACCAGCAUCACUCCUCUUCAUCGCGUCAAUCUCGGAGCCUAAUCAAGACGCACGGCUGCUCAGUUUAUCCUUUACCUUAUCUUUUUAUUCAUUCUUGAGUCCCGCUUACUUGGUUUGGGUAUAUUUUUUUUGCCUCUGCGCUCCGGCGGAUAAAAAAGGAAAAGAGAACAUUUUGGAAGUGGAACCGACUUGGCUCUACUUAAUUUCGUUACCCGGUCUUCUAAGCGCACACAAACAGAACCAAAGUGGGGUUUCAAUCAGUGGACGUGUUGGACAUUUGAUCUAAGAAGCAAAAGUGAGCGUUGUCUACUGGCUUGUAUGUAUUGUGGAAAUUUCCCUGGACAGACUGAGUCUCUCAAUAUCAAGAUGUGUACAUUGGCCUUCUCCGGCUCCUAAUUUGAUGCGUUUUCCAUGGCUGGGGCCCCCUUCAGUGUGCAUGAGCUUAUGUGUGGUUUUGGCAAAAAGCAGUCUGUCACUGUGCAGAAGAGAAAACUGCCAUUGCAGCAACACCGGGUAUGAGCUAAAGGCUUGAUGACUGGACAAUAGCAGGAAUGAACAAAUUGCAUUAGUGAAGAACAAGGACACAAACGAGGCGAACAAAGGCAGCGGUGUGAAAGCUGGUGAUGAGAAUCCACAUCAACAGUCGCCAUCUCAACUAAUGAACUAGAUAUUCAUCAGAAGCAUUUUGUUUGCAAAAACUGAAUAUCACCUCAGUGGGAGCAGAGCUCCACUGAGUGGAAGCAGAGUGCCAGGGUUUUAGAGUGAAGAGUUGCUUGUGUUGGACAAGAAACCAGUGCUGAUGAUGAAGCGGCAGGGCCUUGGACUGCUGAGAGCCCUCCUGGUUUUGGUGGGAGUAUCUGCUCUCUGUAGUGUCGCAUUAGGAACCCGGAGAGGAAAUGCUUCUUUGGAUCAAAGGAGCAACAAACACAGACAUGCAGGUCACCUGUCAAUGCGUAGACACAAACAGAGGAUGGGGAAGGAAGGGCAGGUACUGCAUAGGUCCAAACGUGGAUGGGUCUGGAAUCAGUUCUUCGUCAUUGAGGAGUACACUGGACCUGACCCAGUUCUGGUGGGCAGGCUCCACUCAGACGUAGACUCGGGGGAUGGAAACAUCAAGUACAUCCUUUCGGGCGAAGGCGCGGGAACAAUCUUUGUUAUCGAUGACAAGACGGGCAACAUCCAUGCCACAAAAACCCUGGACCGUGAAGAGCAGGCCCAGUACACCUUAACAGCCCAGGCAGUAGCAAGAGAGAAUAAUCGGCCCCUGGAGCCUCCGUCAGAGUUCAUCGUGAAAGUUCAGGACAUUAACGAUAAUCCUCCUGAGUUUCUGCAUGGGCCGUACUAUGCCAGGGUGCCUGAGAUGUCCAAUGUUGGUACCUCAGUGAUGCAGGUGACAGCCACAGAUGCUGAUGACCCCACCUACGGCAACAGUGCCAGGCUCGUGUACAGCAUACUGAAAGGACAACCGUAUUUCUCUGUGGAUCCUCAGACAGGUACAAUCCGUACUGCUUUGCCAAACAUGGACCGCGAGGCUCGUCAGGAGUAUGACGUCGUCAUCCAGGCCAAAGACAUGGGUGGUCACAUGGGCGGGCUGUCGGGGACCACUGAGGUUAAAAUCUCGCUCACAGACGUGAACGACAACCCACCAAAGUUUCCACACAGUGUUUACCCCAUGUCUGUGUCAGAGGAUAAAGUGCCAGGUGAGGAGGUGGGUCGGAUAAAAGCUAAAGACCCCGACCUUGGGGACAACGGAAUGGUGAACUACCGCUUAAUAGAUGGAGAUGGGAUUAACAUGUUUGAACUGACCACCGACUCCGAGACCAGAGAGGCUGUUAUUAAACUGAAGAAGCCAGUGGACUUUGAAACUAAAAGGUCAUAUACAUUGAAGGUGGAGGGAUCCAACCCUCAUAUUGACCCUCAGUUCCUUGCUUGGGGGCCCUAUAAGGAUGAAGCCACAAUAAAGAUAUCAGUGGAGGAUGCAGACGAGCCUCCUGUGUUUGUUGCUCCCAGUUACAUGUUUGAGGUGGAAGAGAACGCGCCUGAAGGCACCCUGGUGGGACGAGUCCACGCCAAAGAUACCGAUGUUGCCAACAAUCCUGUCAGAUACAUGAUCCCGCGAUACACAGAUGUUGAGCAGUUCUUCAGCAUAAACUCAGAGGAUGGAAUGAUUAUCACGACGAGACCGCUGGACAGAGAAGCACAAGCCUGGCAUAAUAUAUCUGUGUCAGCCACAGAGAUAGGGGGCCACCACCAAGACACCAAAGUGCGCGUUAACAUCAAAGUGAAAGACAUGAAUGACAAUCCCCCAGAGUUUGCCACAAACAACGAAGUCCUUAUGUGUGAAACGGUCGUGCCAGGCAAGAUCAUUGAAACAGUAAGCGCCGUGGACAAAGAUGAGAUGGCUCACAGACAACACUUCACAUUCACCCUGGCUCCAGAAGUUGCCCACAACAACAACUUCUCUCUCAAAGACAAUCGAGACAGCACAGCCAGUAUUUAUGUGCUCCGUAAAGGAUUCAGCCGUCUGACCCAGGAUGUUUACUACAUUCCCAUUGAGAUAAACGACAAUGGCUUCCCUGCUCUGAGCAGCACCAACACCUUGACCAUCAGAGUGUGCUCCUGCGACAGCAAAGACACCAUCCUUUCCUGUAAUGUGGAGCCCUAUGUGCUACCUGCUGGUCUCAGCACUGGGGCACUGAUAGCUAUACUGGCCUGUAUAGUCAUCCUGUUGGCGAUUGUUGUGUUGUUCGUUGCACUGAGGCGUCAGAAGAAGGAGCCAUUGAUCGUGUUUGAGGAGGAGGACAUCAGGGAGAAUAUCAUCACUUAUGAUGAUGAGGGAGGUGGUGAGGAGGACACUGAGGCUUUCGACAUUGCUACUCUGCAGAAUCCAGAUGGUGCUAAUGGUUUCUUGCCAAGGAAGGACAUCAAACCAGAGCUUCAAUUUCCCAUCAGGCCCGGUCUUGGCCGUCCUGCAGCCAACAGUGUCGAUGUUGAUGACUUCAUCAAAACUCGAAUUGCAGAGGCGGACUGCGACCCAACUGCACCUCCCUAUGACUCCAUUCAGAUCUACGGCUAUGAAGGCAGAGGAUCAUUGGCUGGUUCAUUGAGUUCCCUCGAGUCUGUAACAACAGAGUCUGACUUGGAUUAUGACUAUCUACAGAGUUGGGGGCCGAGGUUUAAGAAGCUGGCAGAUUUGUACGGGACCAAAGACUGCUCCUUUGAUGGUGAUGACGGAGAUGACUCUUAACAGUGGUCUAACUGAGUGGACGCCCCCGAUUGCUGAUUUACUGAUUCCAUGUGGAUUUGUUAACUGAGGCUUAACAUUUCCCAGAUCCCAAUUCUUACCAACUACCAACUGACCAGUUCAUGCCAAUUUGUCAAUGGAUCGUAACAGCUCUUCCUUUGCCUGGCACCUCACUGGUCCUUGAAGACAAUUUGUUGAUGAACAAAUCAUAAACACUUGGACUUAAACCACUCCCAGUUUUUCCCCAAACUUCUCCCUACCCUCUAUAUCUUGUUCCUUCUCUCAAUUUCUACAGACUUGAGCAUUGUAGGGCUGGGAGACGUGUUUUGUCACCAUUUGUCUGUUUGUAAGUAAAUUGCUGGGAGGAAAAAAAAAUGUUGCUGUAUGAUCAAAAUGACUUGCUUAUAGCAAAACGUUAAGUUUAUUUGACUUCCUAUGUACCUUUGUGGGCUGGAUUCACCUCUUUCCUCAGUUGCCCCUGAGAGAGACGUUAUUCCCAUAGCAGGUUCUCGCGUGGCCUUAGCGGGUCACAUAGUAGCUCUCUUUUUGAUGUAUGUAAAAGACAAACAAGAGCGUGUUAUAAGUAAAUCAACAGGAAAUUUAGUCUAGGAUCCAGCAAAUUAUUGACUAAAUGAAAAGUCAUUGACGGGAAAUGUGUGUUAGUAGGCUCAAGCAGUCAAAACAUUUUUCUUUUCUUCAAAUUUGUUGUGUGUGCAAAUUAUAGCAGUAACUGAUUCAAUUGGCAUGAAAGACUCUGGGUUGUUGAUACUGGGAAGAUGCUCACAGCAGCUUCACAGUAUGGUGGCCUUAUAAUAAAUAAACAACAACUCCGGGGGGAAACAUAAUAGGAGGAGACAAUAAAGACCACUAGUUUCUGUAGCGACACACAGACAAACAAUAACUACUCAACUACAAUUUUUAUUCCCAAAAAGAGACAAACAUGGUAUGAUUUUAACACUGUAGAUGAUGAUUUGUUUUCAUUCUUUACUGCAGUGAAGACAUGGCGCCCGCUCCCCAUACAUGCCCUUAUGUUCCCAUUCCUCCCAUCAACAAUCACGUCCCAUACCAAGUCCACCAAUGAAUGAUCACAUACUCAUUCGGAGUCCACCAACGUUCAAUCACAAUGAGUAAAAACCUGUGAGCUCUAAAAAUCGCCUUAAACUUAAUGGACACUCUUGCAGCGCAGUGCAUUUCUGUUUUUCUUUCCUCUUUUUGUAUCUUGAAAAGUAUAUUCAGAAAGCAAACUAUUCUCCAUGUUAGAUAUGUACAGAGCAAUGUGCAGACAUGUGAUAAAUCAUUUUUAGGAUCCAACUUGCGCCUCAUGCAGUCUUAAAAUAGAAUGUACUGUUUCUGCCUGCAUGCUAAAAUGUAGUCUGGGAAAAUGUGCAUUGUGUUUAUUUUCCCAGCACCAGCUAUGUUGGCUGCGACAUCUGUUGUAUCAACACGUGUUGCUUUUUCAACAUAAAAUGUGUGCAUCGGAAAUUAACACAAGUGUGUUUUCUGAGCCACAUACGAAGGCGGCUGAAACCAGAACAUCCUUUUUUACGCAUGCAGGUUCUUGUUCAAUCUCUUUUUUUUUUUAAUGUUAUUAUAUUAUUAUGGUUAUUAUUGUUUUUUUAUAUUAUUAUUAUUAUCAUUAUUAUGAGAACAUUUUUUUCUUUCUUUGGCUGCAGCUACACAGGAACAAAUUCAUGUUUAACUUUUUGCAGGUCAGAUUUAAAGUUGUCCCAACUGUCUUUGAAAUCUGCUGCCAAAAGUUAAAUCUCAGCUUUGGUUGAUGCUUGUGUGAAUACAACUCUUUUCUUAGUUUUCCAUUUGUUUUCCAUUAUGUUGCAUUUUGUCAUUCUUUAUCCCUGUUCAAGAGGAAAACUAGCAAUCUGUGUUUGUUGCAGCAAGAGAACGCCUCGUUUUUAUUCUCUGUCAAGUUUUAUGGUACCAAUUUGUACAAUUUUAAAAGUUCUUAUUUUAGUAUACAUGCAGAAUAUUCCAAUAUUACAACAAAAACAUGUUAAGAUGAUAAGAUAAAAAAAAUGUUACAACAUCACACUUAUAUUUUCUGAACAUUGUACUGUUGCUUUACUAUGUGCUUCAAUCUCCGAAGCGAAAAAAAAAACUUUGAAAUAAAUGCUCUUUUUAUAAAAUGAGA